AUGGCGCUCAGUUGCAAGGGCGGCGACGAGAGAACUAAAGCUGUUUAUUCUCCUAUCGGAACCCUAACAUCAUCACCGUCACUUUAUGCCCUGCCGCUGCCAACUCUUCCUUUUGAACUCAUUGAGGAAAUUUUAAGCAGACUACCUGUGAAGCUCCUCCUUCAACUCCGAUGCUCUUGCAAGUCAUGGAAUUCUUUAAUCUCUGAUCCCAAAUUCGCAAAAAAGCACCUUAGCCUGUCAACCACACACAACGUUCACUGCAUCACCUACUCUAAUAAAUACAUCAUCAUCGAGUCUUACCCACUAGACACCAUCACCGCUACCAACAUCGCUCAAUCCUAUUUGCCUUUCAGCCAUUCUGCUUACUUCCUUGGCUCGUGUGAUGGCAUCCUCUGUCUUGCUGCUGCUGAUGAUUCAAACUCCAUUAUUGUUCGAUUGUGGAACCCUUCCAUUAGAAAAGAUAAGGAAUUGCCCCUUCUUCAAGAGCCAAAAAAACAAAAGCACGUUAUGAGGAUGUAUGGCUUCGGAUAUGAUCCUGUUGGUGAUAAUUACAAGGUUGUAGUCUUUUUACGUUUAAUUGAUUCUAAUAUUAGUAAUUUUGUUGACAAAUAUAAAGUGAAGGUUCAUACUUUGGGUACUAGUUCUUGGGAAAACAUUUCGAAUUUCCCUUUGGUUUUCCCUCUGAAAAAAUUGGGACAAUUUGUGAGUGGCACCAUUAAUUGGUUGGCUUCUAAAGAUCAAUCGAGAAGUCAAUGUUUUGUUGCUGCUCUUGAUUUAGGGAGUGGGUCUUAUCAAGAGGUUUUGCUUCCUGAUGAUGGUGAGGUACAUGCAUAUCCCUUGGUUUUGACUGUUUUGAGAGAUUGCUUGUGCAUUUUUUCUGGUGAUGAUGUUUGGGUAAUGAAAGAGUACGGAAAUAAAGAGUCUUGGACUAAAUUGUUCACUAUUUCUUACAUGCAAGAUCCUUAUAGACCAUCUUAUGACGUUUUCAAGGCAGUAUAUAUUUUUGAGGAUUACCUAGUGCGACAAGUGUCUCAAAGCUUUGGGCAACAGAAAUUUAUUUUUUACAACCGUAGAAAUGACACUUCUCGGCUUUUUGUGUCUGUAGACACCCCAGAAGUCUGCAUUGAGAGUUUAAUAUCACCUUGUUUUUAA